ACGCAUGUGAGGCGGGAGGAGGCCUUAGGCGAGAGGUUGCGCAUGCCCAGAUAGCAGUGGCCGGUGACCCUACCACUUACAUGCGGAGCUCGAUGCUAAUUGGUCUGGAUUUAUGUAGGGGUGAAUUUGGACGCGUCUGCCCCGCCUCCGGGCUAGGCCCUGUGGCUGCAUUGGUUGGGGAGGCCGUCAGUCAUCAUAAACAGGUUUGCUGGGGUUUGACCUCAGUGCUUGGCACAGAACCUCCCGCGCUGGAGAAGACCCUGAGCUGGAGACCCAAGAUCUAGGAGUGGCCCUGGCACUGGGGAGGAGCCCUGGUGCCUCUGGGUUGCAAGGUUCAAGAUCUUCUAUAGAUGGAAGAGUUUUCUUAAAAUACUCAGACCAGCUUCCAUUGUUUAGGUGGGAAAACUGAGGCCCUGGGAUGUGCAAACCUACAGAACAGGCCCAGAGGUUAGGUCUGCCAGAUCAGAACCCUUUGGCAGGUUUCUGACUGCUCUACCUGGCGUCCAGAGAGCAGUCAUGCAGGACAAGCAUAUUAAAGGAAUGACUAAAGAUCCUGGCCGAGACUGGGGACUGAAUCAGCACAUGCUCCCUGACCAGUGCUAUGCGAAGGUCAGACAGGCCACAUUCCACUACCGGACUCUGCACAGUGACCAGGAGGGCGCCGUGCUGGAUGACAGCCGCGUGCGCGGCAAGCCCAUGGAGCUCAUCAUUGGCAAGAAGUUCAAGCUGCCCGUGUGGGAGACCAUCGUGUGCACCAUGCGUGAGGGGGAGAUCGCCCAGUUCCGCUGCGAUGUCAAGCAUGUGGUCCUGUAUCCACUGGUGGCCAAGAGUCUACGCAACAUCGCAGCCGGCAAGGACCCCCUGGAGGGCCAGCGGCACUGCUGUGGCAUUGCCCAGAUGCAUGAGCACAGUUCCCUGGGCCACGCCGACCUGGACGCCCUGCAGCAGAACCCCCAGCCUCUCGUCUUCGAUAUCGAGAUGCUUAAGGUAGAGAACCCUGGCACAUACCAGCAGGAUCCGUGGGCAAUGACAGAUGAGGAGAAGGCAAGGGCAGUGCCGGUCAUCCACCAGGAGGGCAACCGGUUGUACCGCGAGGGCCACGUGAAGGAGGCUGCUGCCAAGUACUACGAUGCCAUUGCCUGCCUCAAGAACCUGCAGAUGAAGGAACAGCCCGGCUCCCCUGACUGGAUCCAGAUAGAUCAGCAGAUCACCCCGCUGCUGCUCAACUACUGUCAGUGCAAGCUGGUGGCCCAAGAGUAUUACGAGGUGCUGGACCACUGCUCCUCCAUCCUCAACAAGUACGAAGACAACGUCAAGGCCUACUUCAAGCGGGGCAAGGCGCACGCGGCUGUGUGGAAUGCCCAGGAGGCCCAAGCUGACUUUGCCAAGGUACUGGAGUUGGACCCCGCCCUGGCGCCUGUUGUUGGCCGGGAGCUGCGGGCCCUGGAGGCACGGAUCCGGCAGAAGGACGAGGAGGACAAGGCCCGCUUCCGGGGCAUCUUCUCCCAGUGAUGGGGCUCUUCCCACCCUGCCCAGCCCACUGCUGCCACUGCCAGCCCACCCACCCCCACUGUAUCAUGCUUCUCUGUAUAUAAAGGCCUUAUUUAUCUCUC